AUCGCCACCUCUAGAUGGUUGCGAGUUUGCGGGCAUUUUCUUUAUUAUUUAUUAAAAAACAAAGUUCAUUCUUUUCUUGGCUAAUCUUAAAACUAAUGAAAUGUUACAUGACGUUAUUGUGUCCUGUUUAAGCCUAAGUGGCAAAGGAAUUAGCUUUAAAAAAUUUCUUGUCUCAAAUGUAGUGGACGAAUUUGUACAUCCCUGUGAGCGUUCAAUUUUUGACGACAUAAUUGGUACAUUAAAUUACCUCAAUGAAAUUGUGCGGUUUGCUAAAUACUUUGGAGACAACAAUCCACAUGAUUUAUCCGACUUUAAGGAAGCUGAAGAAUAUUCAAAUGGUUCUUAUUUGAAGAAUUUUGCAAAAGGUAUUGAAAUUGCUCUCGAAGAAUAUUACAGCGAAAUAGCACGACUUGAAUCUUAUUACCAAAAGAAUUCAACAAACUCUCUUUUGUAUAUUCAUAACGCCUUGGAAACGCAAAAACCUGUUAUCCUUAUUUUGCGCAAACUUAUUAUUGAUGCUAGAACCCAAAAACUUCAUGGCUGUGGACUAUUGCAGAAUCUGCGAAACCAACAACAUGACCAAGUUGAUGUACGGAUGAAUCACAUAUUUUCCAAAAUUACAAAACCAAUUAAAUUGGUUUUCUACUCACACUUGGCUCACUGGCUGCUGUUGGGGAUGAUCGAUGAUCCCCACAAUGAAUUUUUUAUUAGCUAUAAGCAUUCAAAUGAAAAUGCAACCAAAACAUCUUCUGAAAAAUCGAUGACAAGCAGAACUUACUUGUCUUCGGUGUCAGAAGAAGAUAUAUGGCAAUAUGAAAUUAAUAUGGCUCAAUUGCCAUUGUUUGUGUCAACUAUUUUAGCCGAGAAAGUGUUAUUUGUCGGUCAAACGGUGCUCCUGUUUAAGGUAGAUCGCAGAAGACAUAGAUCUGAAUCAUGGACAGCUAAAACGCAUGGAUCAUAUUGUGAUGAUGUCAGUGAACUUUGGGAUGGCAAAGAAAGCGUUUUCUCCAAAAUGAUUGAGGAUCUGAAUGACGAGAAUAGAAUCGAUGUGAUACGCUUCGAAAGCGUCAUCAACGAUAUCAAGAAAUUCGUUAGUCAACGUCUAUCCGAUAUAGCGGUUAUUGAAGAUAAUUUGGUGCAUCAAAUGUGUUUGAUAAAACACUUUUAUCUGUUGGGACGCGGUGAAUUUUAUUUGGAAUUUCUGCGUCAGAUGCGUAUUGGUGCCAAAGGGUUUUCCAACAAAAAUGCUAAGAGCUACACCAGAGCUUUUGAGAUUGCAGCCAAUGAAAUGGGAAUUGUCGAUGAAUUGGAGAACUUUACUUUAAGUGUUCAAAAACAUUCCAAUGAUUUUGAAGACAGCUGCGAAUUUGGUAUAUGGCAAAAUCUCCAUCUGAAAUACAAUUAUAAAUGGCCAUUGAAUCUAUUGUUUUCACCAACUACGAUGGAGCGAUAUAACAAUGUGUUUCGUCAUCUGUUAAUUAUUCGCAAGCUUCAAUAUGAUCUUCAGCUCGUUUGGGCUCGUCACAAAUGGUUUGCCAAGACGGGAGCCCGAGUCGACGUCAAAAUAAUGAAUUUCCGAAAUCAUUUAACAUUCUUUUUGGAUAACCUACAGUAUUAUAUACAAGUAGAUGUUCUUGAAAGUCAAUUCAGUAUACUCAUUAACGUAAUUAAAAAUAAAGCAGAUUUCGAAGAGAUUCAACGAGCGCACUCAAUAUUUUUGGCUAAUGUUCUCUCACAAUGCUUUUUACUGAAUGAUUUAAUCGACAAAAAGAAAAAUAAUCAAACAACGAUGCAAUCUCAAAACCCUGUAUACGGAACAAUUCUUGAAAUAUUUAGUAUAUGCGAAAAAUUUAGUCUUUUAGAUUCAAUAGAGGAGGAUACAUUAAAACAAGUUAUUACACUUGAAGAAAAAUUUCACGUAUCAAUAUUGGGAUUAAUAAAUUUAUUGGCCAGUAUUAAAAGUGCAUCAAGUUUUGGCCCGUUAUCGCAGUUUUUAUUAAGAUUGGAUUACAAACAUUGGUUUAGUGCUGAUAAAACUAUUAAAUCCGCAGCAUAA